ACUUAGGAAAGUCCUUGAAUAAGUUCCUCAUUUGGCAAACAAUGGAUUAGACUGAGAUAUUUCCAUAACUUUUCUUCUCCCUUUUUUCAGAUGCUACAAUGACAUCUAACCUGACAUCCCCCCUGUUUCUUCUGGACUGUGGCUCUUUCAAUUAUCACGACCUAGAUGUGGUUAUCCCAUGUCUGUACUUUGCAAUGUUCCCGCUUGCCUUGAUGUUGAAUGGGGUCGCGUCCUGGGUCUCCCUGCACCUGAGCUCAACCUCCACCUUCAUGGUGUAUCUGAAGAACCUUUUGGCCGCUGACCUUCUCAUGACCCUGACCAUGCCUAUUGUGGCGGCCAGUAAACUUCCUACGUCAUCUGUGGGGUUACGACUGUUCUCCUGUCGCUACUCAGGUGUCAUCUUCUACACAUGCAUGUACACAAGCAUCACUCUACUGGGCCUCAUCAGUCUGGACCGCUUCUUCAAGAUCGUCAGGCCCUGUGGAAGGUUGUUGGGUCAGAACCUUGUCUUCGGUAAGGUACUGUCUGUCUCUGUGUGGGUGGCGCUGUUUGGAGCCACUGCUCUCCCUACCAUUAUCCUGACCAAUCAGGAUGCCAGCAACAAGACGGAUGCCUCCUGUAUGUCCAUGAAGAGCCCAGCCGGGGUCAGGCUUCACACAGUGGUGGUUGUGUUCAUGGAUGUCUUGUUCUGGGCCGUAAGCAUACUGGUUGUAGUUUGCUACAUGUGCAUCACCAACAAGGUCCUCCAGUCCUUCAGAAAUUCCGGCAGCAAAAACAGUCAGGGCAAGCAAAAGACAAAGGUCCGUGUCUUCAUGGUUCUGGUCGUGUUCUCUGUGUGCUUCAUUCCAUUCCACAUCAUGCGGAUCCCACGGACCAUUCAGCAGACCAACAAUGUCAACGACUGUUCUCAAGUCUCCAUCAACAUCGCUCAAAAGGUGACCCUGUGGCUGUCCACUGUCAACAUCUGCCUGGACCCACUCCUCUACUUCUUCCUGUGCAGGGAGUUCAAAGAGAAACUUAUGGGGAUGCUGAACAGAAAAGGGACACCUUCACAAAUAACAUCAGGCACCACAUAGAACCGCUCAACACAGACAGGGAGGAGUAUCAUCCAAUUAGACAUGUCUCUAAUUGAGACAAAAACACAUUGUAGGCUAA